GAUCAACACACCUACCCCCGUCACGAUUAACACCUUCUGGUAGGUACCCUUCUCUCUAAUCGUCCCCCAUUCCCCUCUCGCAGAAAUCCCCUACUCUAGGCUUCCCUCAUUCCUCUGUCUCAGGUUCUCCCUAAUUAAUUAACCAAGCACGCGCAAGCGUACAUCAGAUCAGACCAAGCAGAGCAGAGCAGAGCAGCGCGAAAAAGACACGAGAUGAAAGGAAUCAGCAGCGCCAAGCUCAUCGUCCUGCAACCCUCCAAGCAGGUCGGAGGGGGAGGAGGAAGCGGCGGCGGAUCCAAAUCGACCCCAAUCUCGACUCUUCUUGGUUCCCAUCCCUGCUUCUGGCUCAUUGCCUUCGCCUCUUUCUUCACCUUCGCCUCCUACCUCGCCUUCCUCAUCACCACAGCCACCUGGGACCCCGGCCUCCCCUCCUCCGCCACCCAAUCCGACCGUGCCUCCUCCUCCUUCCGCUACAACCACCGUCUUCCCGACCCCGUCUUCGAGUCCCUCGUCAACUACGCCGCUGCCUCCAACUCCAACAGCAAGAUGGGCGACACCGACCUCCGCACCAUCGCCGCCGUGCUCCACCGGCGCGCCCCCUGCAACUUCCUCGUCUUCGGCCUCGGCCACGAGACGCCUCUCUGGCGCGCCCUCAACCACGGCGGCCGCACCGUCUUCCUCGACGAGAACGAGUACCACAUCGCCCACCUCGAGGGCCGCCUCCCGGGCCUCGAGGCCUACGACGUUGCCUACACCACCAAGGUGCAGGAGAUGCCCGAUCUCUUAGCCACCGCCCGCCGCGGCCGCCGGGGGGACUGCCGGCCCGUCCAGAACCUCCUCUUCUCCGACUGCCGCCUCGCCCUCAACGACCUCCCCAACGCCCUCUACGACGUUCCCUGGGACGUCAUCCUCGUCGACGGGCCCCGCGGGUACGCCCCCACCGCCCCAGGCCGAAUGUCCGCCAUCUUCACGGCGGCGGUCAUGGCCCGCUCCGCCGGCCCGGGGCCCACCGACGUGCUGGUCCACGACUACGAGCGCGAGGUGGAGCGGGUUUGCAGCGAGGAGUUCCUCUGCAAAGAGAACCUCGUCGCCAACACCGGCCAGCUCGCCCACUUCCUUAUUCCCGGCGGCGACGUCGCCCGACGCGAUGACUUCUGCACCAACCGCACCGCCAUCGCCGAGGUCGCCCACUAAUUUUCUUUAUUUACCGGAAACAACAAAGUAAAGUAGAUAGCCCAGCUUUGGGAACAGUGUUACUUUGUUUUUUUGUUUUUUUUUUAACUUUUAGUUUUUGUCUCUCUUUUUUCAUAAUUAAUCAAUAUAGUUAUUAUAUAUGGUGACGAUGGGAAUGAAAAGCGGGAUUAUAUGAU